UGACAUCUCACUUCCACUCCAAAGAAUAAAGACAAAAUACAAAAACAAACAUUGAGAAAGAAAACUGAACAAUAAAUAAAUUUAACAAAAUUUCUUGUUUUUACAUCAACAUAAAAUGUUAAAAGCUAUCAUUCUUAUCGGCGGACCACAAAAAGGAACACGAUUUCGGCCCUUAUCUCUUGACAUCCCAAAACCUUUAUUCCCCGUUGCCGGUCGACCAAUAAUCCAACACCACAUCGAAGCAUGUCUUCUUGUAAAGGACCUAAAGGAGAUCCUCAUCAUAGGCUACUAUCCCAGUGUCCUGAUGGAACAAUUCGUCGAGGAAAUGCACAAUUUGUACAACAUUAACAUAAGAUAUCUGCAAGAGUUUACAGCUCUGGGGACAGCAGGUGGAAUGUAUCAUUUCCGAGAUCAGAUAAGGGCGGGCAAUCCGAAGGCGUUCUUCAUUCUGAAUGGAGACGUUUGUGCUGAUUUUCCCCUGCAAAAUCUCUACGAAUUCCACACAAGUCGCCCCAAUGAUGCUCUGAUAACGAUUAUGAGCACUGAGGCGACACGACAACAAUCACUACACUAUGGUUGUUUAGUUAUGGACAACGAAGCGGGGCUGGUGACUCACUACGUUGAGAAGCCGAGUUCGUACGUGUCGACAUUUAUCAAUUGUGGUGUCUAUGUUUGUUCGACUGAGGUGUUUGCCAAGCUGGCAGAGAUCUUCUAUGCCAAGGGAGAGGCAGGCUACGAUAGAUGGUAUGCUACAAGUUCAAAUGGAAACGGCAAUGGCAAGGAUCAGGGUCAUAUUAAGUGGGAACAAGAGGUGCUUACGCCUUUGGCUGGGACAAAUAAGCUCUAUGCGAUGCCAGUUCCCAAUUGGUGGUCACAACUGAAGACGGCCGGGUCAGCUAUUUACGCCAAUCGCCAUUAUUUAGCGCUUUACAAGAAAACGCACCCAGAACGGCUCUGUAAUGCUGGUUCAAAAACCAAUAACGCCGACGGAAGCCUUAUUUGCAAUAUCAAACCUGAUGUUUAUAUACAUCCAACGGCAACUGUACAUUCCACAGCUACACUUGGCCCAAAUGUUUCAAUUGGCCCAGGAGUUACAAUCGGACCUGGUGUUCGAAUUCGAGAAUCAAUUAUUCUUGAUAAUGCUGUGAUUAAAGACCAUACACUUGUUUUACAUAGCAUAAUUGGUCGUGGCUCAACAAUUGGUAACUGGGCCCGAGUAGAAGGUACUCCAAGUGACCCAGAUCCAAAUAAACCAUUUGCAAAAAUGGAAAAUCCGCCAUUAUUUAAUAAGGACGGCAAAUUAAAUCCAUCAAUAACAGUAUUAGGGAGUUCUGUCCAUGUGCCACCUGAAAAGAUUCUAUUAAAUUGUAUAGUCUUGCCGGACAAAGAAUUAAGCAGAAAUUUUAAAAAUGAAAUCAUUUUGUGAAAUAAAAAGAAAACAAAUUUAUUGUUUACCUCUUGUAUACAUAAACAAUAUACGUACAGAAAACACAUUUAUUUUCAAUUUUAUACUAUUUUCCAAGUUUUAUAUUAUUUUAUAUAUUUUUUUUUGUCAUAAAUAAUUCCAAUAUACAAACAAAUCAAAAAUAAGAAUAAUGUUAACAAGCUUUUUUAAUAUAAAAUUCUUACAGGGGGGGAAAUAAAUAAAAAUGUUCUUUUUUAAGCUUAA